GAUAUAGAACCAGAGAUAACCGAACUAAAGAGAUUGAUAUACCGGAGAUAAACCGAUUCAAUGGCGGACAUAGCUAUUUUGGUGGCGGAGGAGUACGAGAGGAGGAUGAAGCAUCCGGCGGGUUCGAGAUCAACGCCGGUAGAAUUUGAUUGGAGGAAGAUAAUUCCGGCGAAGAUGACUGUAGCUAUUGACAAGAUGAAGAUUGAGAGUUUGAAGAAGAAUUUCGAAGCUAAAUCUCAGUUUGCUUUGGCCAUCUCUCAUGGCUUCUUCUCUGCUUAAUUCCAUUUUGUUGUUCAUAGCUAAUUUCGUUUCUUGCUUUUGUGAGUUUUUAUGUAAAUAUUAAACUAUAUGUUAAUUAAUCGAAUGUAAUUUU